AUGUUGGAAUACGAAUCCGUCCACUCUAUAAAGAAGGCUCUCCGCAACAAUGCGAUUUGGUACCUAGCAUACGCCUGUGCUGGACUGUUGAUCCUGGCUUACUUGUGGUACAUGCAGCGGCUUGGUCUGCAAGGUAUACUUGGAUUCAUCUAUGCUGCUUCCAAUGCAUGGGGUCUGGUAUUGGUCACUGUCCUGUUGGGGUAUGGUCUAGUGGCUGUACCGCAGUGGUUGCAUGUGUUGUCAUAUGACAAACGCCAUAUGGAAGCUAUCUAUGCUCAGGUGGUAUCGGCAGAAGAUGCACGGCUUUCGGCGAAGUUCGACCUCAUGGACGUCUUCAACCAUUACCGUGAUCAAGAGCGCGAAUCAGGACAGGGAGCUUCUAAGCAGCUUGUAGUGACGGAGCAAUAG